UGUGUUGGAUGCCACCCGCCGUUAAACCACAUCGAAGAAGAAGACGAUCCCGUCAUACAGAUGUGUUUAUACCAUAUAGAAUAAUACAUUGAACGAUUCUGAUUGCUCCCACAGGAUCUCAUAAUUUGCAUUUACAGCCAAACAAUUACAGAAAAGUAACUGUUCAGAUCCACCUCUAGCCGACCAUGUCUGAGCCGGGUUCUGGCUGUGGUGAUCCGGCCCAGAGAAGCUCACAACAGGGUCCAGAGGUGGUGUCAGUGAAGCUGGAGGACUGCAGUCAAACACUGGAACUCAAUGUGAUUGUGAAAGAGGAGGAGGAGAGAGAAAUCAAGGAGGAAGAAAACAGUGACUCCGGAAAGAGCUCCAACCCAGACUCAGACAGCAAGCCCAGUCCCACAGCAUCAGGAAAUCAUAAACAAUGCAGACAGAAGCCCCAACCCUGCUGUACCGACAGUUUUAUUUGUCCAACUCACCUCAAAUCCCUCAAACAGACUCCCAAAAUAAAGAAGACAUACCUCUGCUCCCAAUGUGGGAAGAGUUUCAGUCGGACAGGAGACCUAAAGAGUCACGAGAGAUCACACAGUAAAAAAAAGCCUUACCACUGCGCUCGAUGUGGGGAGGGAUUCACUCAGCUUGGAAGUCUAAAAAGUCACCAGAGAAUACAUACAGGGGAAAAGCCUUACCACUGCUCCCAGUGUGGGAAGAGCUUUAAUCGUUCAGGAAACCUUACAGAACAUCAAAGAAUACAUACAGGGGAGAAGCCUCACCACUGCACCCAAUGUGGGAAGAGUUUCAGUCGGGCAGGAAUUCUAAAGAAUCAUAAGAGAACUCACACAGGAGAGAAACCUUUCCACUGCUCUGCUUGUGGGAAGAGUUUUACAAGAGAAGUAAGCCUAAAAAAUCAUCAAAGGGUACACACUGGAGAGAAACCUUUCCACUGCGCCACAUGUGGGAGGGGUUUCAGUGAGAAAGUAAAUCUUAAUAGACAUGAGCGAGUACAUAGUGAAGAGAAGCCUUACCACUGCACCACAUGUGGGAAGAGCUUUAAUCAUUCAGGAAGCCUUAAGGAACACCAGAGAAUACAUACAGGGGAGAAACCUUACCACUGCACUGAGUGUGGAAAGAAAUUCCGUUUUGCGGGAGAUCUAAAGAAUCACCAGAGAUCACACAGUAGGGAGAAGCCUUACCACUGCUCUCUUUGUGGGAAGAGUUUCAAUCAACCCGGAAACCUAAAGAGUCAUCAGCGAAUACACAUUGAAGAGAAGCCUAUCAGUACUGUCAAUGUGAUUGUCAAAGAGGAGGUGGGUGAGAGGAAAAUCAAUGAUAAGGUAAAGAGAGAAGUUGAGGAAAGUAAUGGUGUAGUUGACUCAGGUACAUCAAGACUACCUGGUCGUGGGAGUUAUCCCUGUCCUCAAUGUGGGAAGAAUUUUAGUUCCUCAAGUAAUCUAAAGAAUCAUCAAAGAGUUCACACUGGAGAGAAACCUUUCCACUGCUCAGCAUGUGGGAAGCGUUUCCGUGAGAAAGCACACCUUAAGAGACAUGAGAGGGUACAUAAUGGAGAGAAGCCUUACAACUGCUUCGAAUGUGGGAAGAAUUUCCGUGUGGAAGAUACCCUACAGAAACACCAGAGAAUCCACACAGGAGAGAAGCCUCACCACUGCUCUCUUUGUGAGAAGAGCUUUAAUCAUUCAGGAAGCCUUAAAGAACAUCAAAGAAUACAUAGUGGAGAAAAGCCUUACCACUGCUCUCUUUGCGGGAAGAGCUUCCAUCAUUCAGGAACCUUUAAGAAACAUCAGCAAAAACACAUUGGAGUGAAACCUACCUGUAAUCUCAAUGUGAUUGUCAAAGAGGAGGAUGGUGACUGUACUCCCAAUGUGAUUGUCAAAGAGGAGGAUGAUGACUGUACUCCCAAUGUUAUUGUCAAAGAGGAGGACGAUGACUGUACUCCCAAUGUGAUUGUCAAAGAGGAGGAUGAUGACUGUACUCUCAAUGUGAUUGUCAAAGAGGAGGAGGAUGACCCAGAUACAUCAAGACUACCUGAUUGUGGUCGUUACCCCUGUCCUCAAUGUGGAAAGAAUUUUAGUUCCUCGAGUAAUCUAAAGAAUCAUCAAAGAGUACACACUGGAGAGAAACCUUUCCACUGCUCUGCAUGUGGGAAGAGUUUCAGUGAGAAAGCAAACCUUAAGAGACAUGAGAGAGUACAUGAGAAGGAAAAGAUAGAAGUUGAGGAAGAGGAGAAAACUGGUAGUGUAGUUGACCCAGGGACAUCAAGACUACCUGGCCGUGGGAGUUACCCCUGUCCUCAAUGUGGGAAGAGUUUCAGUUCCUUAGGUAAUCUAAAUAAUCACCAAAAAGUACACACGGGAGAGAAGCCUUACCACUGCACCCAAUGUGGGAAGAGCUUCAGUGAGAAAGCAAACCUAAAGAGACAUGAGAUAGUACAUAGUGGAGAGAAGCCUUACCACUGCACCCAAUGUGGGAAGAAUUUCCGUGCGGCAGAUACCCUACAGAAACACCAGAGAAUCCACACAGGAGAGAAGCCUAACCACUGCUAUUUUUGUGGGAAGAGCUUUGAUAAUUUAGGCAGCCUUAAGGAACAUAAAAAAAUACAUAAUGGAGAGAAGCCUUACCACUGCACUCAAUGUGGGAAGAGCUUCAAUUACUCAGGAAAUUUUAAGAAACAUCAAAGAAUACAUAUUGGAGAGAAUCCUACCUUUAUUCUCAAUGUGAUUGUCAAAGAGGAGGAGGAAGAUGGAAAAGAGAGAGAAGUUGAGGAGAGAGAAGUGAAGGAAGAGGCUACAUAAGCUAACUAGGAAGGGAGAGUUAUACCUCAUAUCUUUGCAAUGCUGUCUUCUGUGUCAGUAUGGGAUUGGGCAGCACCAUUGAGAGCGAUCUCCUUUUUAAAAUAGUCCAUAUCUUCUACUUCUAUGAGUGUAUUGGAAGGUAGCAAAUCAACUGAAAAAGAACACACCACCACCUAAUGUGCUGCAGUGUGUACAGUCUGAACAGGAUACCACCUCCUAAUGUACUGCAGUGUGUACAGUCUGAACAGGAUACCACCUAAUGUAUUGCAGUGUGUACAGUCUGAACAGGAUACCACCUCCUAAUGUACUGCAGUGUGUACAGUCUGAACAGGAUACCACCUCCUAAUGUGCUGCAGUGUGUACAGUCUGAACAGGAUACCACCUAAUGUAUUGCAGUGUGUACAGUCUGAACAGGAUACCACCUCCUAAUGUACUGCAGUGUGUACAGUCUGAACAGGAUACCACCUCCUAAUGUGCUGCAGUGUGUACAGUCUGAACAGGAUACCACCUCCUAAUGUACUGCAGUGUGUACAGUCUGAACAGGAUACCACCUCCUAAUGUACUGCAGUGUGGACAGUCUGAACAGGAUACCACCUCCUAAUGUGCUGCAGGGUGUACAGUCUGAACAGGAUACCACCUCCUCAUGUACUGCAGUGUGUACAGUCUGAACAGGUCCAAAGCCAAUGGUGAUUUACUGCUACCUGCAGUUAUGGAAUGUUAUCUCAGGACUAUAAUUCUUUGGUUAACUCCUUCUGCUGACCUGGAUGGAAUUAUAGCAUCCUUCCUUAACCCACAGGAAGUUUUGACUACUUCAAAAUGGUGAAAGUCCUCAAUGGUGCUGCUCGUUAGACAAUACAGUGGAAAAGCCUCACCAUUGCUCUCAUUAUAUAAAAUCUCUUAUUCACUAAAGCAUGUGAUAAAUAUAUCUGUAUAGAAUCUGCGUUCUAGGACACAGAUUCAUGCUCGGAGUUCAUUUGACUGUGGGUUGUCGACAAUGCAGCUUUUAAAAAGGCAAUUUCCGACUGUGCGAAAACAUAUGCUGCAUUUACCACGAAUAAGAAAUACGCGAUAGUGGGAACAUUGCCUUUAAAAGUCCGAUUGAAUCCCAGCUUCUGUUUAGUCAUGGUAAAAACAUUACAUCUUUCUUCCAUUUAUUUUCUUCCAUUUAGCAGAAGUCUUUAUCCAAAGUGAUUUGUUCUGGAUGUAAAGCACAGACAACACAAACAACAAUAUCUAAACGCAUUAAAGGACCAAUCCAAAGUUGAACCAAUAACAAAGCGAGGCACCCUUGUUUUGGUAUAAAGCUUAGGGAUGGACCUGGAGAAGUGUAACCACUUCCAAAUUCAUAGACAGAGCUAUGGACUGACCAUUCAUGAUCUCAAAAUGAUCUGCUAUGGAUUGACCAUUCAUGAUCUCAAAAUGAUCUGCUAUGGAUUGACCAUUCAUGAUCUCAAAAUGAUCUGCUAUGGAUUGACCAUUCAUGAUCUCAAAAUUAUAAUUUUAGCUAUGGACUGACCAUUCAUGAUCUCAAAAUGAUCUGCUAUGGACUGACCAUUCAUGAUCUCAAAAUGAUCUGCUAUGGAUUGACCAUUCAUGAUCUCAAAAUAAUCUGCUAUGGACUGACCAUUCAUGAUUUCAAAAUGAUCUUCUAUGGACUGACCAUUCAUGAUCUCAAAAUGAUCUGCUAUGGAUUGACCAUUCAUGAUCUCAAAAUUAUAAUUUUAGCUAUGGACUGACCAUGAUUUCAAAAUGAUCUGCUAUGGAUUGACCAUUCAUGAUCUCAAAAUGAUCUGCUAUGGAUUGACCAUUCAUGAUCUCAAAAUGAUCUGCUAUGGACUGACCAUUCAUGAUCUCAAAAUGAUCUGCUAUGGACUGACCAUUCACGAUCUCAAAAUUAUCUGCUAUGGACAGACCAUUCAUGAUCUCAAAAUGAUCUGCUAUGGAUUGACCAUUCAUGAUCUCAAAAUUAUAAUUUUAGCUAUGGACUGACCAUUCAUGAUUUCAAAAUGAUCUGCUAUGGAUUGACCAUUCAUGAUCUCAAAAUUAUCUGCUAAGGAUUGACCAUUCAUGAUCUCAAAAUGAUCAGCUAUGUACUGACCAUUCAUGAUCUCAAAAUGAUCUGCUAUGGAUUGACCAUUCAUGAUCUCAAAAUAAUCUGAUAUGGACUGACCAUUCAUGAUUUCAAAAUGAUCUUCUAUGGACUGACCAUUCAUGAUCUCAAAAUGAUAAUUUUAACCAUGUUUUAGGCUAUACGGGGUUUGUUUACAUUUACAAUGUUUCCAAACAUUGGAGGAAAACAAACUUAUAUUUUGUGGUUCUGAUGGAGUGUGACAGUUGAAAUAAUCUUAUGAGUGAUUAUAAAUGAAUAGUUUUCAAGAAUCAAUAGGGAUAUACAGUAUCAUUCAUUUAUAUAAGUCUAAAAAUGUAUGUUACAACUGCAGAGCCCCCCUUUAAACACUACAGUAUCAUUACAUAUUUACAUAUACCAUUACAACUGCAGAUCCCCCCUUUAAUCACUACAGUAUCAUAACAACAGUAGAUCCCCCCUUUAAUCACUACAGUACCAUUACAACUGCAGAUCCCCCCCCCCUUUAAUCACUACAGUAUCAUUACAUAUUUACAUAUACCAUUACAACAGUUCACAGUAACAGAGGUCAGAUAGGCCUACAGUUUACGUUGUUGAACAGUGUCUGUGUCCAUCAAUGUGAAAUCAACAAAACAUUUCACCAUGUCUUUGGAUUUAGGUCAAAAUAUAUAUUUUUUAAUUAAAUUCCCAAAACAUUUAAAUACUUUUUUUCAAAUCCAAUCAGUUUUCCACGUUGAUUCAACGUCAUCGCAUUGACGUUUUUUGGUUGAAAUGACGUGGAAACGACGUUGAUUCAACCAGGUUUUUUUUGCCCAGUAGGAUUAUGACAGAAUUCAGCCAUUCUUUUUUAACCUCAGGAGAAGGGCUGGUCUGGAUUGACAUCAGAAGUAAACAAUAUGAGUGUAUUGUUAUGUCCUCAUCUGGAUGUAACCGGUGUGUGUAAAAAAUAUAUUGCCAAGUAUCCUUGAAUUGAAUUAUAAAUACAAAAGAACAAA